GCAAAGCUUCUUCUCUCAUUAACACAUUAUGCGCACCUCUCUUUAAUGAGACCCUAUUUUCUUCUCUCUCUCUCUCUCUAAGCGGAAAACAUGUGUGGCGGUGCUAUCAUUUCCGACUUCGUGGAUAUAAGGCCUGGCCGGAACCUGUCGCCUGAGGAGCUCUGGUCCGAGCUUGACACCGUCUCUGCUGACUUCCUUGGCUUCGACUCUUAUCCAAACCAGUUUAGCUACAAGGUCCCUCAAAAGCCCAAGCAACUCAACAAAGUGACGAGCGAUAAGACUCACAAAAGAAGCCAAUUAGUUGCAGAGAAGGAGAAGAAGAGUCAGAAAAGUCGCAAGAACGUGUACAGAGGGAUCAGACAAAGGCCAUGGGGAAAAUGGGCCGCUGAGAUCAGAGACCCACAUAAAGGUGCCCGAGUCUGGCUUGGUACCUACAACACAGCCGAAGAAGCGGCACGCGCUUACGACGAAGCCGCCAGGCGAAUCCGAGGCGACAAAGCCAAGCUCAACUUUGUCACGCAACCCCAUCCGGCUACGGCUCCGGCUCCGGCUACGGCUACGGCUCUCGAUGCGCCGCCGGCUAAGAAGAGGUGCACGGUUCCCGAGUUAACCGAGCCGAGUUUCCAGACCACAGAGCCACCACCGCCAUACACGGGCUACCCUUGCAAGAACGAGGCGGCGAGUGAAUUUGAGCUGAAAGAGUCAUUCUCGAGCUUGGAAUCGUUUCUGGGUUUGGAGCCUGAACAGCAGCCGAGUUCGCUCGUUGGAAGCGCGGAGUUCGAGUCGGCGGACCUCUGGCUGCUGGACGACCUGGUGACUCAUCGCCAGCAACAACUGAAGCUUAUGUAUUAGAGGAAUAGAAAGCUCAUGUAAUAGAAAAACCGAGGGAUGUGUACUGUGUAUGCAAGAGUCGUCCGUGAUUAUUAGUGUUUGUCUUUAAUUAAUGCUUUUUCGGUGCCGUAAAUACCAUAAAAAAUAAAGUGGCGUGUGCUUGCUGUGUGUCAUCGUCUUUGUCGUUGUCUGCGUUUUGUUUUCAAAGCUUUAGGUUAGGUUGGGGCUCGUGAGUCGUGCUGGAGCUCGGUGCAUGUAUCUAUUCUGAAUCUGAUCUUUCGUUGGAUUUUAAUAAUUCCCUCUAUUAUUAAUGGUUCUUACUUUUUAUUA